AUGAGGUUCCAAAUCAAGGGACCUUUUAUCCAGUUUAGAUAUAAGUCUACAAAGCCAUUUUACAUAACAACACCUAUAUUCUAUGUCAAUGCGGCGCCCCAUAUAGGUCAUUUGUAUUCCAUGUUGAUAGCAGAUACAAGAAACAAAUGGGAGAAAUUAAAUCCACUGAAAGAAUCAUUUAUGUUAACUGGUACCGAUGAGCAUGGUUUGAAAAUCCAACUGACAGCUGAAAAGCUUGGGUUGGAACCUAAGACAUUAGUCGACAAAGUGUCCCAAAACUUCUCCAAAUUAGCAGAACAAUUCAAUGUUAAUUAUGACAGAUUUAUAAGAACCACAGAUGACGAUCAUAUUGACCUAGUUCGUUACUUUUGGAACUUGAUGAUGGAACGAGGGUUUAUUUAUACUGAUACUCACAGUGGAUGGUAUUCCAUCAGCGAUGAAACCUUUUUCCCCGAGACGCAAAUAGAAGAAGUGGUAAAAAAUGGUAAAGUAGUGAAAAUAUCCAGUGAAACGAAAAAUGAAGUUGUGUACCAGGAAGAAACUAAUUAUUUUUUCAAGUUGUCGUUAUUCCAAAAACAGUUGAUUCAGUUUUUAAAGCAAAAUCCAGAAUUCAUUAAACCAACACAUAGAUACCAAUUUAUUUUAAAAGAACUAGAGGACACCAAGUUGCCUGAUUUAUCAAUUUCAAGACCAUCUUCUAGAUUGAAAUGGAGUAUUGAGGUACCUAAUGACAACACGCAAAAGAUUUAUGUUUGGUUUGAUGCGUUAUUAAACUACUUGACUGCUACAGAGUUCCCCCAAGAUUUUGAAGUAAAAGAUUCAAAGUAUAUUACUCCUGAGAAUAGUAUAUGGCCAGCGACUCAUGUGAUAGGAAAGGAUAUAAUUCGUUUUCAUUGUAUCUACUGGCCCAUUUUUUUGAUGGCAGCUGGCAUUGAGUUACCAAAACAAGUAAUAGUGCACUCUCAUUGGUUAUGUGAUGGGUUCAAAAUGAGUAAAAGCUUGGGAAAUGUGGUUGAUCCAAUGGAAAUUAGCGAAUAUUAUGGCGUUGACCCAGUGCGGUUUUUCCUUGUUGAAAACUCCAACAUAGAUGACGAUUGUAAGUUUAGUGAAGAACUAUUGCAAAGAUCUAGAGAUGCUGUUUUGGGAAAAUAUUGUAAUUUAAUUUCACGAAUUGGUGGAAAGAACUUUAGCAUUGAAGAAGCAGUGAAAAGUUGUGCGGGUGGUGAAUUCAACAACAUACGUGAAAUAAUCGAAACCUGCACUAUAAACAAGGAUUCUGUUGAUGGCCUUUUAUCCUCGUCAAGCAAAUUGACAACAGAUUUAAAUGAUUUGUAUAAUCAAAUGGAUCAUUAUUUCACAAACUUUGAAUACAUCAGAGCUAUUCAAAGCUGGUGGUCUGUUAUUAACCAAGCCAAUCAAAUUUUCCAGAAUGCAGAGCCAUGGACAUACGUUAAGCUAAUCAACUCACCCGAUACCCCUGCUGAACUAAAGGAAAAAUAUAGAGUUCUUACUAACUAUUUUGUUUAUUUAUGUGGGGAAACUGCAAGAAUAUCAUCCAUUCUUAUACAGCCAGUUAUGCCUCAGUUAUCAAAGAAAAUUCUUGAUAGAUUAGAUGUUUCUGGACGCACAUCCGAUUUUGCUACAUUGGGAGCAGACUUGAAAUAUGGUUCCGGUGCUAAUUCCAAGUCACAUAAAGUUCCUUUAGAAAAACUUGCUCCAAGAGAUAUUAAAUGA